UGCUGGUAGUUGAAGUGUGCCUCCUGUAGCGCAAUGAUACCAAUUGCAACUGAUAGUGAGUGCACAGCCAGGAUUCAAAAUUUCACCGAUAGCAAUGACAACGUUUAGCAGGUUGUUGAUGUGCGUAGAAUUCAAGGCGACGUACUUGGGCGUUCCAGUAAUGAGCCCCGACAAAGUUGGCGAAAUGACCAAACUGCAAGGUAACGAUUUCGUGCAUGGUGAGAAUAUCAGACUUUGUUCGGACGCUCGCACUGUGUAUUGGACGUGGAAAAAAUAAUCGCUUCAAGGUCAAGGAACAAAAUAGGGACUCAAUGCCAUGGCAAAGUCACAAUUCUCUUUCCCCAUGCCACCAGUGACGAGACCAUGAGCAGCGCACGGAGCAGCAAAAGCAAGGAAUCUUCGCCAUCAGCUCAGUCAGACAAGGAGGAACCACCGCAGCAUCUUGAGCACCAUUUGUUUGCAGUCAGCGAUGUCGGCGACAACAAUGAGACACAGCAGGACUCUAUUCGUGCUGUUGCAAAGGAGUUGGCACAGGAGUUCAGUUUAGAGACUAUUUCAGCUUCAGCAGUCAAGGAGGCCCAGGGUCAGAUCCAGACGGUGGCACUUCAGAUGGACGGGGUUCGGACUCAGGUCAGCCAGAUCAAAAACCAAAUACCAGACCUAAACCAGCGGACAAAGACGCUCGUCGAAAGCGCAAAGGCACUGGACCAAAUGUAUAUACGGAUUGACGAGCUAGCUGUUCUGGUGGAAGUGGUUGCCGCUUCGGUGCAAGAGGUCAAUGGACAAGUGGAAGAGGCGGAACACGAGUUGACUUCAGCAGCUUUGCAGCCCCUCCAAGCCGUUUUUGAGUCGUUCAAAAUGGGCCCCAAGGGCUUCCGCUAGCAAUAAAGUGCAGAAAAUACACGUGAUAUAUUCU